AUGGCGAUGCUGCAGACGCCGAGCAAGUAUGUCACUCUAGUAUCAGGUGAUGGCUUCGAAUUUGUCGUCCUGCGCGAGGCUGCCAUGGUGAGCCCUAUCAUCAAGGGCAUGUUGGAUGUGCGAAACGUCUUGAGUUCAAUUCAGCUCACAGCAGGUGCAGGCCAGUUCGCCGAGGCUAAGGAUGCACGCUGUGUCUUUCAAGAGAUGAGUGGCAUGGUUCUCGACAAAGUGGUCGAGUACUUCCACUACUGGUACCGUUACCGAAAUAGCGAUGAUGUUCCCGAUAUGGACAUUCCCGUAGAACUGUGUUUGGAACUUUUAGCUGCGGCUGACUACUUGGGGCUGGAUCAGUAA